UCAAAAAGUCUAAGACAGUCGAUAAAAAUAAAAAGGUAAAUUCUACUUAAAAUUAAUUAGAUUUUCGGGCUGCAACUUGAUUUUUAUCCAGAUUACUGCGUAUUUGAUUGACAACAAUGCUCACAUCUUCACUUAUCGUUGGUCUGCGGGCUGUCCGCACCCAUGUGAUGGUGACCAGGAACCUGGCGGCGGCGCAGGCCUCCGACCCCAUCCAGCAGCUGUUCCUGGACAAGAUUAGAGAGUACAAGAGCAAGAGCGCUGGCGGCAAGAUGGUAGACGCGACACCCGAAAUCGAGAAGGAAAUGAAGACUGAGUUGGACAAGCUUGAGAAGCAGUAUGGUGGUGGCGCCGGAGUGGACAUGACCGCAUUCCCCACAUUCAACUUCGAAGAACCCAAGCUGGACCCCAUCGAUGAACAGUCUGAAGCCAAGAAGUGAAGCGUCUAGUAAAGCGUUAGUUGAUAAUUGUAUAAAUCAUGUUCUGUAAGUGCGAAGGUGGUUAAUAAAUUAUUGUAUUAGACUCAUCUUCUUUAUGUAUUA